GCGCGCAGACGAGGACGACCGGCAGUCGUACGCAUCGUACGCAUCGCGGGCUUCACACGAUGAGCGUCGGGCACGACGCGAUGACCGAGAGCGCUACCACGAGGGCCGACGAUGCCACGAACGACGGGACGAGGGACGUGCCCGAUACCACGAACGCGAUGAUCCACGGGACGAUGGGGCGAGCACACAGCCAAAAAUUGUGAUGCCCACGUUCACGGGGACAGAUCCGGACGCAUGGUUGAGUCGGGCUGGGCAAUUUUUUGAGAUCAAUGAUCUAGUCCGCGAGAAGUACUACCCCACUUAUUAUCGGGCAGAGAUGGAGCAUCAGUUCUUAUCGCUCCAGCAGGGCACUCGUACUGUUGAUGAGUUUGAGCGAGAGUUCACUAGACUUGAAGCUUUCGUUCCGGACCUGGUUCGCACAGAGGCCCAGAGAGCACAGCGCUUUAUUGACGGGCUUUACCCAGCAGUCCGUCAUAACAUUGUGGGACACGGGACACAGACCUAUGCUCGUGCAGUUUCUAUUGCCCAGGAGGUGGACGCCAGCAUUAGGAGGGAGGCUGUCCGUGAUCGUGCCCAGCCAUCUGCCCCAGUUCAGCCAUUCAUAGCUCUACCAGCCCUACCAGCUGCUCAGCCGGCAAAGGAAAAAAAGAGGAAGGGGAAGGGUGCUCAGACCGACAGGAGGACCCGACAGAGACAGCAGCAGGUUCCACCGUGCCCGACUUGCAGACGACUUCAUCGGGGAGAGUGCCACAUGGGUCAGGAUAUUUGCUACUACUGCCAUGAGCCUGGACACUUUGUGAGUCGCCGUCCGAAGAGACUUCAGCAGCAGCCCCAGCAGCCUCAGCAGCCACCACAGCAACAACAGCCACGUCAGCAGGCGCAGAGGCCGCCUCAGCAGCAGCAGCAGAGGGGCAGACAGCAGGCCAGAGUCUAUGCGAUUGAUCAGGUCGAGGCAGCACAGCAGCCAGGUACUAUGUCAGGUAUGGUUGUGCUUAAUGAUAUUCCUGUUUUCGCUUUGUUCGAUAUUGGAGCAACGCAUUCAUUCAUUUCACGACGAUGUCUUGAUGCCAUAGGAGUUCAUGCCGUUACCGCUGUCGAUCCUCUCGAGGUGAGUUUAGCCUCGGGACGAAAGAUAGUGACCUCAGCUAAAGCUUCAGACCUUAGCCUUUCCAUCGGUGGCCGAGUAUUGUCUGCCGACGCGUUUGUUCUCGAGAUGAGGGACUUCGACCUUAUUCUCGGAAUGGAUUGGCUAUCCUUCUAUCAUGCAGACAUCAGGUGUCAUGACCGGGAUAUCACUCUUUAUCUUCCGAGAGACGAGUCGAUCACUUUCUUUGGCUCUAGGAAUCGUUCACUGCCUCAU